AUGGUAAUCAAAAUUUUACCUGUACCUUCAACUAAACCUGAUGUUAGUGCUCAAUUUGCGUCAAGAAAAAUAUUACGACAUAGUCAAUCUGUGUCAUGUCCACCAGAUCAUCGUUCAGAGCAACAUCAAUUAGCAAAUUCAGCAAAUCUUAAUCAAAUGUGUAUAUUAACAAAAGGUGAUUUAACUCGAAUCUAUGAUAAUUUAGAACGUCGUCAACGUGAUAAAGAUUCUAUUAAACAAGAGAUGGAAAGAAAAAAUGAUUUACUUCAACGUUCAAUGCAAUUAACCAAAAAUUGGCCAAAUACAAUAGCUGGUGAUCGAGAACGUAAACUUCAAAUGAAAAAACUUCGUGAUAAAGAAGCAGAAGAAAGAAAAAAAGUAUUAGAUCUUGAAGAGGAAAAAUUAGCCGCUGAACGUCGACGUGAAUAUAUUGAUAAAGCGAAACAAGAGCGAUAUUAUGAAACAGAUCGUGUUAAAACAUUUCAUAGUUCUCUUUUAUUAACUGAAGUACUUAAAGAACGUGAGUUACAAAUUGAAAUGAAAACACGUAUUGAAGAAAUGCGUCUUGCAAGUGAUAAUGAUGAGUUACGACGUGAUCAAGAAACUUUACAUGAAUUCGAUAAAGCGGAAAAAGAAAAGAAAGAGAAAAAAGCGAAGGAACGAGCGGAUUUAGCUCAAUUUCAAUUGACACAAAUUAAUCGACGUAAAAGUCGAUAUGUUCAAGAGAAACAAUUAGAUCAACAAGAAGGAGAUGAAUAUAAACGUUUAGCUGAGAAAUCUCUUGCUGAUCAUAUGGAAUUAGAACGUUUGAAAGCAUUAAAAAAACAAGAGGUUAAACAAAUGUAUGAUAAAUCAAUCGAACAAAAACAAAGAAUUAAACAAAUCGAAGAACAAAUGGAUGAAGAAGAAGAUGAAGAUAUUCGUGUGUAUGCUGAAGUUAAGAAAAGAAUUGCUCGAUUAAGACGUGAAAAAGAAUUACAAGCUAAUCAGGAAAAACAAGAAGCUCGAGAUGGAUUACUUGGUUAUUUAGGUUCAUUACAGAAACGAGGUGAAGCUGAUGAUGAUGCAAAGAUUUUUCGCGCUGAGACUGAAAAAGCAGCUAAAGAAUAUCGUGAACAGCAAGAAAAAUACGAUAAAAGACAACAAAUGUUAAAAUCUAUUGAUAAGCAUCGAUUACAAACAUUAAAACGACAUCAAAGUGAACGUCAAAUGGAAGAACGUGAAGAUGCUGAAUUACGUAAACGUAAAGCUGAAACGGAUCGAUUAUUUCUUUUAUAUCAACAUGAAAAACAAAGAGAACGUGGUGAAUAUACUCAUGCAGUAUCUCACUUUCAAUCAAAACAAGCUCAAGAACGAAAAGAUCGUGAACGUAAUCUAAAAGCAAGUGAAUUAGAUGAAAUGCAAUUCGAGAAACAAGUGAAUGAAAAUGAAAGACAACAAUAUCAAGAAUAUACAGGACGUGUUAUGUCAUAUCUCGAAGAAAAUGGUCGUAAUAUCUUUCCAUUGCAACGAACUGUUGCUGAUGAAAUGAAACGAUUUGAUGAGUUUGGUCAAGGUUAUAAAAAAACUGGAACGCCACGCAAGGAACAAGAAGAGAAAAAGCCUGGUAGUCAAGAGAAAGUAUCAGUAGAUGAAACAAAGAAACAUUUGGGCUUUCAAUGGGAAAUACCACAAAAAAAUAAAUGA